AUGCAGUACAAGUCCCUCGCUGCUCUCCUAUUUGCCACCGCGGCUAUUGCCCAGUCCAGCUCAAGCAGCUCUGCGUCCUCUGGUGAUGAUGACUCUGGCUACUUCCUCGACGUCCCUGUGCCUCCCUCUUCGAUCCAGGCCGUCCUGUCGACGGCCAUCCCGACUUCCUGGCUCUUGAGCAUGGAGACUGACGCGGCCUUCGCUUCCGCCCAGUACAGCGAGAUCGCUGAGGGCACUUUUCCCGCCUGGUACAGCAGUCUCCCCGAGAGUGUCAAGCAAUGGGAGACUUCCGCUGCUAUGGCCGAGGCUUCGGCGAUGUCCAGUCUCUACGGAAGCGCCACGCCUACCAUGGGAUCCAUCACCGGCUCUACGAGCUCGAACGGCGCUAGCAGCACCGGUGGCUCUUCUACUCCUCUCAUUGGAUCAUCUGGCUCAUCCUCCAUGGCUAUUUCCACCAUGACCAUGACUACCUCCACUUCCACCUCCACCUCUCACGGCAGCUCCUCCGGCUCCGGUUCCAAGUCCACCACUAGUGGAUCUUCCACCUCCACUGCUGGUGCCCCCGCUGCUACCGGCGGUAUUGCCAUGAGCCUGGCCGGCGCUGCUGGUAUCCUGGGCCUUGCUCUCGCUCUGUAA